CUUGCCUGUUUCUGCACAGUGUGGUUUCAUUUAGGGUACAUAUCGUAAGCUACUCCACAUUUUCCCGCUUUUUUGUCUUUGCUUAUUUUUACUACACUUUGAGAGUAAAAUGAAAGUCGCAGCCUUCAACGUGAAGAAAUUGGGACUUCGAAAAGUCAAAAACGAAACUGUGUCCGACUACCUUAUUAAGAUCCUCUCUCAGUACAGUGUGGUGGUCUUGUUGGAGGUGAUGGAUGAAAGUGGAAAAGCAAUGAAUCUGCUGCUGAAAAAGCUCAACUCUGCUGCUGGUCGGAACUAUAAAAUGAUCUGCAGCUCAAGUCUCGGCAGAAGCGCCUACAAGGAGAAGUUUGCUUGUUUCUACAGAAAAGACGAAGUCACGCUAAUAAAACAUUAUCAGUAUGAAGACAAUCAGCCGGGGGAUGAAGACGCCUUUGACAGGGAGCCCUUCAUGCUGCGGUUCCACUGUCCUAACACGACUGUUGGAGAUUUGGUCCUGAUCCCUGUCCACACCCGGCCAAGGGACGCUUUUAAAGAACUGGAUGAGCUCUAUGACGUGGUCACAAGUAUAAAAAAGAAAUGGAAAACCACCAACAUUAUGAUUUUGGGAGACUUCAAUGCAGCAGGUCCAUAUCUUUCCAAGAAGAAGAAGGAAAAGAUACGCAUCAACUCUCCUCCGUUCUACUGGCUGAUAGACGAUACGGCAGACACAACAACUAGUAAUUCAAACAAGCACACCUAUGACAGAAUUGUGGUGUAUGGAAAGAAAAUGGUGAAUGCCAUCGUCCCGAACUCUGCUAUGCCUUUCAACUUUCAGAGAAAGUUCAGACUAACUAAAAAAGUGGCUCUCAGCAUCAGUGACCAUUAUCCUGUGGAGGUGACGCUGAAGACCAUCAGUGCUACAUCAUCAGACUCUGAAGCAUCCGAUUCUGAAGCAUCCGACUCUGAAGCAUCCGAUUCUGAAGCAUCCGACUCUGAAGCAUCCGAUUCUGAAGCAUCCGACUCUGAAGCAUCCGACUCUGAAGCACCUGACUCUGAAGCGCCCGACUCUGAAGCGGCCGACUCUGAAGCACCCGACUCUGAAGCGUACGACUCUGAAGCACCCGACUCUGAAGCAUCCAACUCUGAAGCAUCCGACUCUGAAGCGUCCGACUCUGAAGUGUCCGACUCUGAAGUGUCCGACUCUGAAGCGUUCGACUGAAGCACCACCCUUUGAAUUGCCCCACUCCAAAUCAAUGGUCCAACUUAGAAAGUUCAAUCUCUGACCAAACCUUAUCCCUUUCGCUUAAUCCCAGCCUGGAUCAACCAACCCUGAUGCUGUUUCUGUGUCAACAGCAUAAGACCUGUUCCUGCUGUCUAUACUAAGGGUCAUUUGGAAGACCAUUUCAACAGACUCAAACUCACGUCACAAUGCUUGAUUGAAAUAAUGAAAACAACAGUUAAGACAUGACCCCUUGCUCAGGUCUUUUAGGUGUAUAAUGGUGUAUCACGGUGUGUAAAUCUCUAGUUGAUGAUUGUGAUGAUUGUUCUCUUUACACAAAUCAUAACAUAAGGUGAAUAUCUGCAUCACUUAGCAGUUGAUUAUCAACAAUUAGAUCAAAGAAAUAGCAAACAUUCUUAUAAAAAUUGCUUCUCAAACCUGUUUUAAAUUCUUUUUUGAGCUUUGAAACUGCUUCUAUUUUGUCUUCCUCUUGAAACAGGUUUUCAUUAUAUGUAAAAAUGUAAGAAAACAAAGAAACAAAGAUUAUUUUGUCUUCUGCUUUGUAGCAAUAUAGCGAUCACACAUUGCUUUAUAUAUAUAGCGAUGUUUGAUUUUUCAAAUGUUGCACUGUUUUAGGUUCAUAUGUAUUAAGAUUGGCUCAGUUAAUAGAAUUUGACACUUCAGACAAAGAGACACUUUUUUUUGACACAUUUGUCCAAAAAGUAAUUAAACAUGCCUUUAUAUUUAUACCCUUUUGUUAUAUACUCUACUACAAAAUAAGGCCGUAUAUUUUUGUAAAAUUAUGGCUUACAGGUGUUUAAAACUAAAAAUGACAUGUCUCAGAAAAUCUAAAUAUCAUAUAAAGUCAACAAAAAACCAAAAUGUCAGUGUUUUGGAAAAUGUUUUUUCUGUGCACUCAACACUUGGUUGGGGCUCCUUCAGCAUGAAUUAAUUUACUGCAUCAAUGCAGCUCCGUGUUGGAGUUGAUUACCUUAUUAAAUGGUAAAUGUUUUGUACUUGUUUAGUGCUUUACACUACAGUCAGUCAUUCACCCAUUCACACCCUGACGGUUGUGAGCUAUGUUGGUAACCAUAGCCGCCCUGGGACAGGCUGACAGAGGCCACACAUCGGCGCCACCAGGCACGCUUACCACCGUCAGCAGGCGAUUUGGGUUUAGUGUCUUGCCCAAGGGCACAACGACUGAGACGGUCAAAGCGGGGGAUCGAACCUGACAAAUGCAGGACAAACUCCCUAACUCCUGCGGUGUCGCCCCAUUAGCGUGUGGCACCGUACGUUUUUAUAUUUAACUUUCACAAUAUUCAGAUUUUCUAAAACAUUUAAUUUCGGGUUUUCAUCAUCUGUUAGCCAAAACUAUCAGGUUUACAAUAAAAAAAGACAUGUAAUAUCUCACUC